AUGGCCCCGCCUCCUGUACCACCAAACACAGUCCCAUCCACAGCGCGCCCAAGCCAUGUCCUCAGGCCUCACCACAUCCUGAUUCUGUGGAUUCUCAGGGCUGGGCUCCAUCCUCUCGAAGAAAAUGAAUUGCCGGAGAAGUUCGUUCUGGCAUUGCAUCGCAUUCUUCUGGACGAAAUCGCCGAGGUCAAGCUGCCGAGGUCGUACCGAGACAUAAUCGAGGACAUCAACAAGGUAGCGCGUCCCAUGCCCGAAUUUUACGUCCAAGAACUGGUUCGUGACCUAAAUACGCUAGCACACGCAUUACAGACACCGGACCAACUUUCCGAUUUCAUGAAAACUAUUCUGGAUAUGUAUAUGGACACAGACGAAGAUGAAGCUGCUAGAUUCAGCCGUCGAUCACUCUUUGGUUACUUCUGUCACCGCUGCUUCAUCAGCUUCAAGAAGUUAUCGAUAUCUGGUGUUGCUCGACUUCACCGGGACUUCCUGGCGUGGCUCAAUUUCAAGGCAGAUGCGAGGUUUAUCACGCCUCCUGGCUACGCGCCCAUCCGAAAGGACAUCAUCACCAACGAUUAUCAAGUGUUCAAGACGAAGUACGACAAGAGGGAAUACGCAACGGCUGAGACUUACGCGCUCUUCAUGCAGGGUGUGAUUACUGGAGACAGCAAUAUUGCAAAUGAGGGCCUUCGAAGAUUCUUUGAACAAAAAUUCCACGAAGGCAGUGAUUCAGGGCUCCGACAGCACGCUAUGCUCAACCUUGCGCGCAUGUACUACCUCCGCCGCGAGACGGUCGCGUGCAGAAAAACCCUUGAAGAGGCAGUCACGACUGCCCGCACCGCAGGUGAUAACGCAACCUUGCAGCAUUGUACCAGCCUGCUCCAUCGCCUACCCAUCCUCCCUACUGAGCGCGGAAAGAAGCCGAUCAUCAACGAGAUCCAGCCGCAAAUGCACCCCCUGGAGAUUUUGCAUGAUGCGAAGAAGCUCCUUAUUGUCGAGCAUCAACAACCCCUGACUGCAGCGUAUGAGAAGGUUAUGCAAGCUAUCGGGCUGUACGACCACUACAUCGAUGUGCAGGGAGGGCUGUUCACAGAAUCUGAACAAUACGCCCAGCAUGCCGUUCAAAGCCUCAUCUGGAAUUUCUUCGGCUGCUCAAAGCUUGCCCGUGUCGAAGAAGACAUUGUGAUUGCUUUCACCGAAUACGGCAGCGAAGACAACACUCGGCUCACUGUCCAGCUGAAUCGGGCGUACGAUUAUUUCCAGAAAGCACGGCAGGGAAAGUACGAAUCAGCCAUCGCGGGUCUGCUCGAGCCCGAUGUUUGGCGCGGCCUGCACAUCACCGACUACAACCUCUGGGCGGGCGAGAUCUGGCACAUUUUCGCGCUCCGCGCAAGCCGGAGGGGCCAGCUGCGCCAACUGCGCGAAUACCUCGUCCCCCGGCGUCCCGACAUCGAAUACGCCGCGCGCGACUACCAGUGGUCGAAGGACCAUCCGAUCGGCUCGCUCAUUCGUGACCCCCUGCAUGACGUGCUCAUGAUGCGCCGCGCGGACCAUGUCCACACAUCUGUCGACCAGCUGCUGACCGCGCUCUGGCACGCCGAGUACCAGGGCCGGUACGCGCUCUACCGCACCGCCGUCGUGCUUCUGGCGGACGUUGGUCUUGAGUUUGGAAUGUCGAAGUGGUCGCGCCGCAUACUCGACGAAGUCAUGCCCCAGAUCAUGAGCGAGAACGACCAGGAGCAAAAGGGCUUCGCAUUGUUUACUCUUGCGCGCUGUGUCAUCGCCGCGGGCGACUCUUCUCAGGAGGCACUGGCGGAGUCUAUCCGCUACCUCGAGGAGGCGGAGCAGUGUUUCGGCGCGCUCGACAUGUUCGUCGCGCAGAUGGACGUGCAGUUCAUGCUCUCCGUCGUGCACCACAAUCUGGGCGCGGAGGCGCAACGGGACGAGGUGGCGCAGAGGCACGAGGAGACCCGCGUGAAGCGGGAGGAGGCGCAUGCGUGCGUCGUCGAGGGUUGGAUCGAGGAGACGUGGUCGCUCGUGGCGGACGUUGGCAUCGCGAUCGCGUCCCGGUGA